AUGUGGCUCCCGUGCCAGGCGCUGCUUCCAGAAAGUGGCUCGGGAAAAGGCAAGCACCGGUGCUCACCGCUGAGGAAACCACACCUCGCCCCCUCUUCCCCCACCCCCCUCAAAAAAGCCCAGGGCCCAACGGUUGCUCCACAGACCCUCCGCAGGCAGGGCAGCCCCCAGGGAAGGCUGUCUGACGAUGAUGAGCACAACUGGUGCGCAGAGAACCUGGUCCCAUUUGGAGCAAAGUCCUUGGAGCAGACGGCACAACCGGCCAAGAGCAGCUGGCCCUUGAAGGAAUGCGAAAGAACCAAGUCAGAUGUCGGUCGCCCGUCUACUUCCUUCGCAGACGGCUGCGUCUGUCCAGAGGAAUUCCAAAUCUGCCAGCCUCUCCAGCUCUCCGCCAGGGUGAAUGGGUCCGUCACCCUGCCCUGCAGCUUCACCCACAAGCAGAACGGGGAUGCUGCGCAGGUCCACUGGCGCCUGGGAGGUUUUCAUUCCAAACGCUUCUUCUUCAACUGCUGCACGACGAGUCGGCUACACACCGACCCUGAUUUCGAGGGACGGGUCUCCCUGGCCAAGGAGGAGGGGCGGCAGCACACGGCCUCCAUCCGCAUCACUGACCUCAGGGAGUCCGACUCUGGCCUCUAUUUCUGCCGUGUCUCUGUGGGGGAAGCGGAAUGGCAAACCAUCAAUGGGACCAACCUUACAGUCACAGCACGCCCACAGGGACCGGAGGGAAGGAACAACACACGGCUGCCCCUGAGCGUCCUCGUUGGCGUGCCGACUGGGGCCGUCCUGCUCGUAGCUGCCAUUGCUGUCGGCCUGCUGGCAACGCUGCUCCUUGCCCGGAAAAAAGGUCACUGUCAAAAGAGAACUCAGACCAGAGGACAGGAGGAGGAGAAAGAGGCCGGAUGCCAUGAACUCCCCUGCAGAGGAACCGGCAUCCCCCCUCCAGAGGAGCCUGCCUCCCAACCUCCCGCCAUCCCCCCCGGGCUGCUUUAUGCCACUUUGACACUGUCUGAUGCCCCUCCCAAACAGGGCCGCUUCCAAAGGGGUGGGCGAGCGGCGGAAGAGACGACCUACGCAACCGUCCAGCGCUGAGGGAGCGGCCAUAGUGCGCGGGGGGUGCUCCUCGGCCCUCUCCAGACCUCCCCCCAACUCGAGCUGGUGGGUGACCCCCAGUGGCGGCUGACAGAGGCUCCAGUGGCUGACAGUGGCUCCAGGCCAGAGGCGGUCUGUUGUGACGCCUGGAAAAAACUGCACGUGAGCGCAGAGGCGUUCCUCCCAUUGGGCAAAGUAGGCAGUUGCCCAGGGCGCCCCCAGGGGGAUUUUUUGUACUUUCAGAGUUUUUCCAUUUUUGGCCUGUAGAGGGCUCAGUUUUUAGGCUAGCAACACCAACA